CUCCACCUCAUCGACGCCCAUCCGCCAGGACCACCACCGCGGGGUAUCGAUGCCAGGUGGGGUGACGCACGCGAAGGGAUGCGCCUCAGACCAAGCCAGCUGACGGCCAGGCUUCCUCCCCGCCCUCGACACUCAACUCGUCCUCGACUUCCGCGUUUCCCUCCCAGUCGUACCUUUGUCGUCGCCAGCACAACCAUCUCGGUCCUGCGUCGCCGUGUCCUUGGGUGCUGUUCGCUGCCAGCCCCGCCUCGGUGAACAAGAAGAUCUCCCGGACCCCCACCCCCUCCAUGACCCCCCGUGUCCCGUCAUGGCUUCCUCGGAACACUGCCUCAUGUGCUUCGAGGCGCUCGACGCCCACCUGACUGACCGCAAGCCCCUGUCCCUCGACCGCGUGCAAACGUCGUGGGUCAGCUAUGUGAGCUCCGGCGCCAGCUCGUCGGCGACACCAGCAGCGGCUCCGCUCAAGGACCCCAACCUCCGCCGCGUCGCCGCCGACACCGACUCCUUCUCGUCUUCGUCGUCUUCCUCCUCCGGCUCCUUGGCCUCCGCAUCUACGCCGGCUACGUCGACCUCGUCCCUUCCCCUCGGCGGCGCCCCAGCAUCGACGCCCCUCUUCGUCACUUGGAACACGGUCGAGGACGAUGGCGACACCUCGCUGCGCGGCUGCAUCGGCACCUUUGAAGCCCAGCCGCUGGCCAUUGGUAUUCCCGAGUAUGCCGUAAUUUCUGCGGUCCACGACUCGCGCUUCCCGCCCGUUACCCGUGCCGAGCUGCCCGAGCUGCAGGCUGCCGUGACUCUCCUUACAGACUUCGAGGAGGUCGACGACCCGUACGACUGGGAGAUUGGUACCCACGGCAUCCGCCUCUCGUUCUACGACCGGGGCCGCCGCUACGGCGCGACGUACCUCCCCGAUGUCGCAGCCGAGCAAGGCUGGACCAAAGACGAGACCCUCUUCAGCCUCAUUCGCAAGGCCGGCUGGAUGGGCAGCCGCAACAAGUGGAAGGACCUGGACCUCAAGGUGACGCGCUACCAGGGCAAAAAGCAUAGCAUGAACCACGCCGAGUACAAGAAAUGGAAGGCUUGGGCCGCUUCCAACAAGCAGCAAUGUUGAUAGACAUGUCGGCGUGGCGGCGUUUGCAUCUGAUUUCCUACUCUACACUGGCUACGGCGCAUGGUAAACGGAAGGGACGGGACGGGAUCUCCGCCAGAUGAUGGCAUUCGAGCUAGCUCAUCUAAUAAAUACACGCAAUGGACUGACUCCUUA